UCUUAAGGUUGCAAACCUCAUAAACUUUUGGCGUGAGGUUCCCUGAGUAAAAGGAAAACUUGUUCGCGCCGGAGCAUAUCAUGAAAUAAAAGCAAUAAUCGACCGUUACCGCACUGCUAUUCAGUUUCAGAUAAGGUGACCGUCCUCUCUCUCUUCAGAUUUCAGAUAAGGGCGACACUCCUCUCUCUCUAACGUUCACUCAUGGCGGCCUCUUCUCUCUCUUCCUGCUUCUUUACUCUCACGACCCAUCACCACCACUUCUAUCCCAACUUCAAAACCAUCCACUUUCUCUCUCAUUCUCAUCUCUCGAAGAGGAAGCUUCUAACCAGAACUAAGAACUUCGUCUUUCGUCCCAUGGCCGCUGCUACUCUGGAAGCCUCCAAUGGGGCUCCCUUCUCCACUCAGGACUUUGAGACCGUUUCUUAUGGGCGCCUCUAUUUCCCUUUAGCUGCAGUAGUUGGCCAGGAUGCUAUCAAAACUGCCUUAUUACUUGGGGCCGUUGACCGUGAGAUUGGGGGAAUCGCCAUCUCAGGUAAGAGGGGAACAGCCAAGACGGUAAUGGCUCGUGGCUUGCAUUCUAUUCUUCCACCUAUUGAAGUCGUUGUUGAAUCAAUUGCAAAUGCUGAUCCCAUGUGCCCUGAGGAAUGGGAAGAUGGACUUGCUGAGAAAGCACAAUAUGAUGCAUCUGAUCUUGUCAAGACUCAGAUUGUCAAGGCUCCCUUUGUUCAGAUUCCAUUGGGUGUAACAGAGGAUAGACUUAUAGGAUCUGUUGAUGUUGAGGAGUCCAUUAGGACUGGAACUACAGUAUUCCAGCCUGGCCUUCUUGCUGAAGCUCAUCGAGGGGUCUUAUAUGUUGAUGAGAUAAAUCUCUUGGAUGAAGGCAUCAGCAAUUUGCUUCUAAAUGUUUUGAGUGAGGGGGUUAACACUGUGGAAAGAGAAGGGAUAAGCUUUCGUCACCCAUGCAAGCCCCUUCUCAUCGCUACCUACAAUCCAGAGGAAGGUUCUGUGCGUGAACAUUUACUGGAUCGUAUAGCAAUCAACUUAAGCGCAGAUCUUCCGAUGAACUUUGAUGACCGUGUUGCGGCUGUUGACAUUGCAACCCAGUUUCAAGAAUCUUCGAACAAGGUUUUUAAUAUGGUCAAAGAAGAAACAGAUUCUGCAAAGACUCAAAUCAUUUUGGCGAGGGAGUAUUUGAAGGACGUGACCAUCUCCAGAGAGCAAUUGAAGUACAUUGUUAUGGAAGCUAUUCGAGGUGGUUGUCAGGGACACAGAGCUGAGCUAUAUGGCGCUCGAGUUGCAAAAUGCUUGGCUGCUAUAGAUGGACGUGAAAAAGUCAACAUUGAUGAUCUCAAAAAGGCUGUAGAGUUAGUUAUAAUACCUCGUUCAAUUAUCAACGAAAACCCCCAACAACAGCCGAAUGAGCCACCUCCCCCUCCACCACCUCCUCCACAAAACCAGGACAAUGCAGAGGAGGACCAAAGCGAAGAAGAAGAUCAGGAGGAUGAUGAUAACCAGGAGAAUGAACAGCAGGAGGAGCAAAUACCGGAGGAAUUUAUAUUUGAUGCUGACGGUGGUAUGGUAGACCCAAAACUUCUCUUCUUUGCUCAACAAGCACAGAGACGGCGCGGAAAAGCUGGUCGAGCCAAGAAUGUUAUAUUUUCAGAAGAUAGGGGACGUUAUAUAAAACCUAUGCUUCCAAAGGGCCCUGUUAAGAGACUGGCAGUGGAUGCCACACUUAGGGCUGCUGCUCCAUAUCAAAAAUUGCGGAGGCAGAAGGCCCUUGAAAAGAACGAGAAUAAGAGAGUUUUUGUUGAGAAGACAGAUAUGAGAGCUAAAAGAAUGGCUCGAAAAGCUGGAGCCUUGGUUAUAUUUGUGGUUGAUGCUAGUGGGAGCAUGGCCUUAAAUCGGAUGCAAAAUGCAAAGGGUGCAGCCCUUCAAUUACUCGCCGAGAGUUAUACCAGCAGAGACCAGGUGGCCAUCAUUCCUUUCCGUGGUGAUGCUGCAGAGGUUCUCCUUCCUCCUUCGAGGUCUAUUGCAAUGGCAAGAAAGCGUCUCGAAAGGUUACCAUGUGGAGGUGGUUCUCCAUUGGCUCAUGGUCUCAGCACGGCUGUAAGAGUUGGGCUCAAUGCUGAGAAGAGUGGUGAUGUGGGGCGCAUCAUGAUCGUUGCCAUCACUGAUGGGAGGGCAAACAUUUCUCUGAAAAGAUCGACGGACCCUGAUGCUAGUACUGAUUCAGAGGCUCCUAGACCGUCUUCACAAGAACUCAAGGAUGAGAUUCUGGAUGUAGCUGGGAAAAUUUUCAAAGCAGGGAUGUCUCUUCUAGUUAUAGACACAGAAAACAAAUUUGUCUCGACCGGAUUUGCCAAGGAGAUUGCUAGAGUCGCACAAGGGAAAUACUAUUACUUGCCAAAUGCCUCGGAUGCUGUCAUCUCUGCCACAACAAAGGAAGCAUUAUCAGCCUUGAAAAGCUCUUGACUUGGCUAAUACCAAUGCAGCUCCUCCCCACGACAGGGUUUCCCGUUGUGAUGCAUUUGCAUCGCAUGUGAUGUAUUUAUAUCUUUUGUCUUUGGUAACUGUAGUGAGUUCGCCUUUUAGUUGGAAAUGGCGGCUGUUGAGAAAGUGGUUUGUCACCAAUUAUCAAUCGGUAUGCAAUAAAAAUUCCCUUUGAUUUCUUAGAGUAUC